UCGAAGUGAGCGAACGUAUUUUCCCGCCGAAACUAAAUAUAAUGAAAAACAUGAGGAACACCUAUCGACGUGAAUCACUAGUGAUUUAACUGUCGAAAAUAAACUAAGACUUUCGUAAAAAAAGUGGUUUAAUUUUUUUUUUCGCGGAAAACUUUCGUGUACUUAAACUUUUUUUUUUGUUGCCUGUGAAGAGACGGCUUCUGUAGUGUUGAGUCUGUGAGAGUGUGGUGGAAAUUAAAAAUAGAAGAUUAGAAAAUCGAUUUAAAGUUUUGAAUAUAGAGAAAAUCGUCUUCGGACCCCGAAAUGACUACAGACAGUGCACUCAAUUCUCAGCGGGUAUUCAAGAAGUCAUCGCCGAACAACAAGCUGACACUAUAUCUUGCAUCUCGAGAUCUCGUGGUGGAAAAUGGCUGCAUUGACAAGAUCCAGGGAGUCCUGCACGUGGACGCCGAGAGCUUGGAGAAUAAGAAGCUGUUUGGACAAGUUACCUUGACAUUUAGGUACGGUCGAGAAGAUGAAGAAGUGAUGGGUCUCAAAUUCUGCAACGAAGCAAUCAUGAGCCUGGCACAAAUAUGGCCUGAGCAUUGCAACCUUGAGAGGGAGCCCAACACUCCGCUACAGGAUGCUCUUAUCAAGAGGCUGGGUGCGAAUGCUUUCCCCUUCCAUUUGGAGCUCACACCAAUAGCGCCACCCAGUGUACAGUUGGUACCAGCGAAGCAGUACCAUGGAGCACCUAUCGGCACUUCGUAUGAUGUGCGGGCAUAUAUUGCGGAACGAGCAGACGAGAAGGUGUCUCGUCGCAACACAGUGCGGAUGGGCAUCAGGGUGCUCCAGGGUCCAGGGAAGGUAGCAACUCUACCGCUGGUGCUGCCACCGAACUCGCCACAUCGCUCCUUGAGCGCUUUGGCACAUCACAAUGUUCUCCGGCUGAAAAAUAAAGCCAAAUUGGAGGCAGACGAGAAUUGCCGCGCUAAAGGGGAGGAAAUUGAAAACCUGGAGUCUGCAGCGCCUCGGGCUACCGUUGAAAAGCCGUUCCUUUUAUCUGAUGGCAGAGUGGAGCUGGAAGCGUGGCUGGACAAGGCCACCUACUCGCACGGGGAAUCGAUACUUGUUAGCGUCCUCAUAUCGAACCAUUCCUCCAAAACUGUGAGAAGAAUAAAGACGCUAGUGGUCCAGCACGUCGACGUGUGUAUGUUCUCCAAUGGAAAGUUCAAGAACGUGGUGGCCUUAGUGAAAGGGACGGGCACACCCGUCCUCCCGGGUCAAAUUCUCACGGACACCUACACACUCACCCCUCACAAAGGUGUCACUAAAAAUUGGAUAGCAUUAGAAGAUUCCUACUCCAAAUCGGGAGCAAGUCUCGCUUCAACAGUUGUAUGCAGUACUGAAUCACCUGAUGAUCGCAAUGUCUUUGCCAUCUACGUAUCAUACUACGUCAAAAUUAAACUCACACUAAGCGCUAUGGGUGGAGACGUUUCAGUCAAACUGCCUUUCAUUUUAACACAUUCUUGUAUCAACGAAGCGCCUACAGAUAGCGUUACCGAAGAAGCAACCCAUAAGAUAAUUUUAGAAGCCAAAGAGAACAGCGAAGAAGAAGACAGCAAAGCUGAGAAAGAGACGGAUAAACAGAACAAUAAUGGAACAAAAGGAGAUGAAGCUACAGCGUUCAGUGACGAUGCUGAAGCGAAAUCACCAGAAGAACACAGAUGUGUGGCAGAUGUCUUAGUUAAUAUAGAGAAUAAACUAAGUGACAGACCAAAGAAGUUCGAAGGGCAAACGGAAGUAAGGAAUGCAAAGCCCAAUGAAGAAGAACUGGAUAUGAUUGUGAAAUACCCAGGCACUGAUACGUGAUCCGAUGAACAAAAUGCUGACCAAACUGAGGAAGGUGAAAAGACUGAACACAAAACUGAACAGUCGAACGGUGGUAAUGCCCUGGAUGUAACAUCUUGCAAAACGGAAAUCCAAAACCCAAAAAGUGGUUUUGCGGAGAAUUUAAGAAGAGCAGUUUGCUGUAUAGAUAAAAGACGCCAGUCUUAAUUUUCUAGUCCCUGUAAAUAAAAGAGCUAUCUAAUAUAAUAUCGAAAAGUAUAUUUAAGUACAUAAAUAGAUUUUAUAUUUUCAAUGUUGAAAGAACUAAGUAGGAAAAUCAAACUGUCUAUUAAUGUGUCAAUCAAGUACCAAGUAAGGAACAAUUGUAUAAUGGUGAAUUCUGAUUUUUGUUUUUAGUAUACAGUAGAACAUAUUCUUUAAGUUAAUUAAUAUAAUGGACUAAAAGCCAGUGCGUGCCAGACCUUCGUUAUUUUAUGAAAGCUGAAAGUUUCUCUUCGUAUCGUCCCCAAUACAUGAACGAUCAGCGACCAUGAAGUUUGGAUCAUGGUGGCUUUGGGAGAUCACAGGUAAUAAAGGUGUAAAAAAUCUUAUGUCAAAGUAUAAAGCCUAAUUCCUUUUACACUCUUGAACUUUGAGGGUGUCUGGCAUCGGGUCGCCACGCCACUAAGUGACGGCAAUG